AAUGUCUGUACAACUCAUACAGUAAUCGACAACUCAUUGCUUGUGAUUGCGAUCGAGAAGUGCAUUCAAAGCCAAAUGCAAACCACAAAAUCACUCAACACUUUCACAACACAAAUGACUCUUUGAUUCAAAACCUAUUAAUCCAUUAAUACAAUCGACUCACGAGUAAUCCAUAUAUACAGUCAUCCGAAGACUCUUUUUUUGACACUUGUUUUUGUUGUUAUUGUCGUUGAUUUGUGGCACGUCUUCAGCCAAACCCAUAUAUAAUGUUUAUUUGGGACUUCUUUUCGGGUGUUUUAGGCUUUUUGGGUCUGUGGAAGAAGAGCGGCAAACUGUUAUUCCUGGGUCUGGACAACGCCGGCAAAACCACACUUCUUCAUAUGCUUAAAGAUGACCGCAUGGCUCAACACGUCCCUACACUUCACCCCACGUCCGAAGAGUUAUCCAUUGGUAAUAUCCGGUUCACGACGUUUGACUUGGGAGGCCAUCAUCAGGCGAGACGAGUCUGGAAGGACUACUUCCCGGCGGUGGACGCCAUUGUCUUUCUGAUUGACGCCUGCGAUAGGGAACGCUUCCCAGAAUCCAAAGUCGAAUUAGAUAGUCUAUUAACCGAUGAACAGUUGGCCAACUGUCCGGUCCUCAUAUUAGGCAACAAAAUAGACAGACCGGGCGCUGCCGGUGAGGACGAGAUCCGAUCCUAUUUUGGUUUACACGGACAGACCACUGGAAAGGGCAAACUUCCGCGCUCUGAACUGCCCGGUCGUCCACUAGAGCUCUACAUGUGUUCUGUACUAAAACGUCAGGGAUAUGGAGAGGGCUUUCGAUGGUUGGCUCAGUAUAUAUAAACUGCAAAAUAUAUCAAUCAAUUCGUCGGCCAACGAGUUAUAAAUAUAUAUUAUUUAAAACUAAAUUCAAUUGUUUUACAAAACAUUAAAAAACCAAAACACAAAAAAUAUCUGUUUUUGAAUGUGGAAAUUGUUUGCAGUCAGCGAUCCGUAUAUAAAACUUUGAUUAAAUUACAUUUUUUAGAGCAACUCUUUUCUCUGUUUUUUAAAUUAAUUUGUAGUUAAUUUGAUUAUUAGUUUAAAACUAAUUAUAAUAUAUUUUUUAGAAAUUAAAUUACAAUUUUUCUGUUUUA